AUGGAGCACUCGGGAGAACAACGUGAAUAUACCGUGGAAGAGGUGGCUAAACAUGAUAACUAUGGUUCAGCUUGGAUGAUUUUAGAAGAUAACGUUCUGGAUAUUACAAAGUUCUUGAAUGAACAUCCUGGUGGCGAUGAGGUGUUGAUGCCGUACUGUGGAGGAGAUGGAUCUAGUGGUUUCAUAGAUGUAGGGCACUCGAAUGAUGCUGUAUCGAUGGCCAAGGAUUAUGUAAUUGGGAAGGUUAAAAGAUCGAGUUCAGGCACAUCCGCGUCCGGUACACCCCACGCGGAAAAACUAAGAAGAAAACAUGGAAGAAUGUGUUUUUGUGCCAGUGCGUCUUUAACCACAUUGGUUAUAGCAGCUUUUGUAGCUUACAGGUAUUUUUACCGCAGAAGUGUCUCGUAAAU